UGUCAGUUUCCAGUUUACCACUUUUCAUCUCGAUCCUAAAGAAUAGACAUCGCAUACGAUAGAGUCAGAAGAAAAUAGAGAACCUCCACUCGAAGUAGAAUUCCUGAACAAACAUGGAGUUUGUUAUUGGAGGUCUGGCUGCUGUGAGUGCGGGUAUAUUAACGAAUCCUUUGGAGGUGAUGAAACAUCACAUGGAAUUGGACAAGAAAAGUCCGGUUAAUAGAAAAUAUCGAAAUUUUAUACACGCCGGAUAUCUAGUGACUAGAAGCAAUGGCGUUAAAUCAUUACAGAAUGGUUUGUCCCCAGCUAUUCUCGCCCAUCUCACCAGUUAUGGGAUGAAACUUGGGACAUAUCAAUUUUCCCAGAGAAGGGGUUAUACAACAAACUCUUCAGGAGAAGUGAAUGUGCCUAUGAGUAUGGCCUCAAGUACUGCUGGUGGACUCAUAGGUCAAUACAUGUCCUCUCCUUUCUACCUCGUCAAAACUCACAUGGAACUCGACAAACAAGAGAAAAAAUCUGACAAGAAUUCGUACUCUCAAAUUGCUGCAAGAAUAUAUAGGGACCAAGGGCUUCGUGGUUUCUUCAAAGGAGCAACUGCUUCUCUACCUAGAGCAUUUAUUGGAACAUCCCAGUUGACUUCCUUUGCCAUCGCAAGGGAAAAUUUCAACAAGCUGGAUACUUUCAAGGAGCUUCCAAUGCUUACGACUUUGCUUGCCAGUUCAAUAGCUGGUAUAGUUUUAAGUCUUGCAAUGACACCCUUCGAUGCCGUUCUUACAAAACUUUACAAACAAGCAAUUAAUCCAAAACAGAAUUCCCAACAAGUCUACGACGGUUUUUUGGACUGCCUGAGGAAGACUUAUAAAAAAGAAGGUCUAAGACCAUUUUACAGAGGCUUAGGGCCACUUUCGAUGAAACUUGGACCACAUACAGUGCUGUGUCUGGUAUUUUGGGAGCAAUUGAAAGAUUUCUACGACAAUAACUGUGAGAUUCAUGAUAAAUAUAGUCCAAAUUUGAGUUUGUAUAACGAACAUUUCGUCGAAAAAGUAGUACAUCCAAACUCAUGUGAACUUUAUUGGUAGUCGAUGAAGGCAAAGUAGUAUUGGUUUUGCAGUUCAAUGCAAAUGUAAUUGUUAUUAUUUUUGUGUGAUAUAUUUGUUAAGAUCUAUAUUAUUUAUUUAUUUUAAUAUUGUUGUUUAUUACUUAUACCUUCUCAUUGAAUAUUGAAUCCACUGAUUCAAUAAAACAUAUUUUUUGUUA